AUGAAUAAAAUUCAAAAAGAAUAAUUUGAGAAUUAUUAUGAAAAAAUAGAAAAUGACUUACAAACCAAAAGAACAUAAAAAUUAAGUAAAUUAAAAAGGAAAAGAAGAAAGUAAAUAAUCUUAAUUAUUUCAAAAGUAGUAAAAAAACUAAUAUAAAUCUAAAAGAAGAUAAAAAAUUUGUAUAGAUUAGGAAGAAGCUAAGAAAUUUAUUUUAAAAAAACUAAUUCCAAUCAAAUAAAUUAGCUUAUUAGAAGGAUAAUCAUGAAUCCCCAAAAAAUAACUAUAGCUGUAAUACCUCUCAAAAAUCUAAUUAAUCAUCAAAUAUAUCAAAAGGAUAUACAUACAAUACUAAUGUUUCGAAAAUAUAUCAAAGCGAAAUAAAUUCGAAACUUGGAAGUGAAUUAAUAAAAUAAAAUGCUUCAUAACCUGCAAAAUCAGUACUUUCGUAUCUCAAAAAGAUAGUUUCUAGCUAAAUAAAUUUUAGAAAUAAUAAUAAUAAAAUACUAAACUUGA